AUGUUAAUGUUCUUGCUGAGUUUCGCCGUUGCUUCAGCUGCCAAAAUAGAGCCUUUCAUAGUGGGAGGAACAGAGGCUCCAAUAAGUGAUUGGCCCUUUAUCACCUAUAUUGAGAUAUCCGAGUUUUCUUUUUUCGCGGCGGCGUGCGGAGGGUCUCUUAUCAGCUCGCAGACAGUGUUGACCGCUGCUCACUGUCUGGAUGAUAUGACAUGGAGUAAGAUAUUGGACGGUAUCACAUUUAAGAUUUAUAUGGGACACUCGAGGCACGUUAGAGCGACGAUGAUUCGAGAAGUGAUAGACUAUGAAACACAUAAACAAUACGAGCCUGAGAACCUUUACGUACGCGCUGACAUCGGUAUCAUGUUCUUGAAGAGUCCUGUCAUAUUCAGGGCCAACGUUCAAAAGGCGAUUUUGCAACGCAGAUUUAGUUUAUACGAGGACAGGAAUUUGGUGGUGGCUGGGUGGGGCCAUACGGAACCAGGUGAAAACAGUACUUCCAGUUGGUGGUUAAAAGCGGUCGAAAUAAAGCCGAAAGCAUAUAGGAAAUGUAUGGAUUUGUACAGAGUCAUCUGCGCUAGGAAUAAUAAGGAAUACCCAUACAGUGGAGACUCCGGCGGUCCCGUUGUAAACGCUGUCACUCGUUACCAAGUCGGGAUAGUGUCCCUCAGAGACAUGGAAACAGGGAUCACAGUCAUGACCAGCGUACCAGAAUACUGGAAAUGGAUAAGAGGAACACAGCUGAAGUUGUUCCAGAAAUUUUGUGGAAAGAGGGAGUAAAGUGAUUAAACGUGGAUUCAG